AUGCUGCUGCUGCCGAGCUUUAAGUGGCUCCAGAAGCUCCCCCAUUUACCCGUACCCAUUACUACACGCGUAUUUGCCGACCCGUUUGCCCUCUACCUCAUUGUCGCCGAGAUUGUCCCCGACCAGUACGUAAAGCCGCUACCGGUGCAAAACCGUCCUAACGCCGCCACCGCCGCUUCUGCUUCUGCUUCUGCUACUGCCAAUCCGGGAGCCCCUCACGUGUCGCAACAAGCGUUGACCAUCCCGUUAAAUACGCUUGUCUUUUAUCGAGCUAUUCACGAGACGUUGGCGGCGUUUGUGGCAGCAAAGCCUCACUUGACGUUGGCGAUCAAUUGGCUCGAUGUCGCCACUAAUAACGAAAUGGAAGUGGAGCGGGUGUGUCAGAUGCUUAUGCUUGUGGUGUUAAACAGCGACCGCGCCCAGACGGCGAUGUCUGUACUUCGCUCAGUGAUGGCAGCGCUGAAAUUUGAACAAGCCGUGGAACAUGAAGUUAAUGGUCGUAUUGGUUCUACUGGUGGUUAA